AAAAUUAUUGAUAAAUAUUAAUGAGAACAUGACAAAUAUUUCUGUUCCUCUUUCCGAACAAGAUGAAUCAGUCCUUAUAAAAUCAGACGUUGAUGGAGAAAAUGAAGGAGACGAUAACCACGAUGACAUAUAUAAGCCUGCGACGGUGACUCAAAGACUCAAAUACAAAUUCAAAAGUUUCUUUGAAAACAAAGAGAAACAAUCGAUAGAAAUUACAUCACCCAUCAUUAUUUCAGGACAAGAAUUUAAGCACAAGGAUGAUCAAAAACUCAAGAAGUCGGUCAAGGACAAAAUCUUGGAAAUCGAAUCAAGGAUGAGUUCCUCUGUGCUCGUUUAUCCGACAAACAUCAUUCCUAAACUGGAAUCUCAUAGGCACAGUAGUUAUCAACUGGAUGAAACUUUAAAACCAAUAAUACCUUUUGAUAAACAACGUGACGAUGAGAAAGUUAAAUUCGAAAGCACCAUCGACGAUGACACGAGAUUCACUCAUUUGAUGAACAUCGCACAUGGAUGCAAAUCCGAAUAUGCAUCUCCACAGCCAUUCAAGGAUAUCAAACUAUUGCCUGGUUUCGAUAGAGAAAGCAAUACUUUGAUCAGCUCCUUUUCUUCUUUCGGUAGUUUAGGCGACGAACGAGAAAGUAUAGAUAACUUGGAAACAGGAAUCACUGACGAGGAAACCUGGCAGAUCGUAGAACGAGAAAAAAAUGAAAGCGUAGGAAUUAAUAGACAGAAAUCGAAAAUAAUUAAAAAUGUUGAAAUAGAUGACAAGACCGUAGAUUUUUUACAGCAGUUAGAGAGGAAUCUUUUGUUCUUUUCUCCAUUACCUCAAUCCAAAGUUUUACUAUCUGAGCAAACUUCGAGUAAUGAGAUGCACCCAAAAGAGGCGCAAUUAAUUAAAGAGGAUAUUUUUACGAAAAGUAAGGAUAAGCCAAUAGUUAGAUUUGAAGAUCAAAUUUUAAUUAUGCAAUUUCCGCCUGGAUACGAAACGCCUAAACAUAAAAAAAUUAGCGAUAAAAUACUUAGCCCCGAAAGGUCAACGCAUUUAAGCAAUUCUCAAGCAUACACGGAAGCCAGCGGGAAAGCUCAGGACAAAGAUUUAAACGAUAUAGGGACUAGUAAAAGAAUAGAUCAGAUAAAUACCAAAUUUUUCGAUUCACCGAAAAAAUCUAAAGAUUCAGACAUUCGACUAAUCUUGCAAUCCACUCCAAUAUCAAGAACCCAAAAUAUCCAUAGUUAUAAAGGCUUUGAAAAAAACGAGCAAUCAAUCGAUGUUGAUAAAUAUGCAUCAAAUAUCCGCGAGUUUACUCCAGAUUACGAUGGAAAGUACGAAAGCGAGCAGAAGGAAACUGUAAAUAUUUACGAAAAACGAUUAAUGAUCGAAAAACACGAUAAUUACCCUCGAGAAAUAAUAUCUUCAAGAUUUAUGUGCAGCGAUCAAAACCUACAACUUGAAAAAAUUGGAAAUAUCAAUGAUCCCACCUCCAAAGAUCGUAUUAAAGAAUUUCAAAAUUCUUCACCCGACCUUUAUAACCAAAUUGUUGAUAUCGAAGUAGAUAGUGAGAGUGACGAUCAAGACGGAUAUCUUUGUUUGAAUAACGAGGUGGAAAAGAAAAAACAGCAAAGUUUUAUCCGUUACGAUGAAGAAGUAAUUGUGACCCGACGCUCCCCUUUGGGAAACAUUUUAUCAGUGUUUCUAGAAACCGUUACUCCCACAGAGGCCAUUCUAGAGGCAGUUGCGGAUCAUUACAACGUUACCCUGAUAUCGCCACCUUCUUCCCGCCCUUCUACUGGCAUCGCUUUUUUUAAAGAAGACGAUUCUAUGCCGCCUGAACACACCGAGUUUCCCGAUCCCUUAAUAAACGAUUAUAACGUACCGCUUCAUCUCGUAAAAUUGAACAAUAUUGGUAACGACGAAAAUUUGGAAUAUAGUCAGAAUUCUCCCUUAUUCCGUUUUUGCGAAGGUUUACGCACUCUCUUAAACGAUCCUUUUACCCGGGAGUUAGCUUAUCAAUUGAGCAAUGAAACAUGUGAUAUUUUGGACUACGAUAUACCCGACUACGCUAAAACAUUGAAUAAUGAGGAAAGACAAAAUUUGCUAGAUCGUCUAGAAGGUCAAAUAUACUGGAGUUUAGAACGCAUAUUGAAACGAUUGACAUCUCGGGAUUUUAAGACGUAUUUUUUGGAUGUGGUAGAAAAACAGGUUUUCGAUAGAGGAAUUAAUGUCUCGAAUAUUAUCAAUGAUCGAGGAUUGGGAUUGAUGAUCGAAGAACUAGCGGAAGAGAUUAAGUUUUACAUUAUUGGGAACUAUCAAAUUAAGUUUCGGGAGUCCAUAGGUAAUAAUUUAAAAAAUAUAUCGGAUUUGGUAGGAUUGGUUGGUCGACAAGGAGAUUCGGACAUUGCAUCUCCCGCAUCCUCCCAUAAAAUUAACUACAGAACGAUCUAUACGAUGAUUGAAUCUUCAAUCAACGAUGGAUUGAAUGAAUAUAUGGGAAUUCACGCUUCCAGUAUAAUCGAUGAAAGCCCUAGGAAUACCUUGCCUCUUAAAAAUGAUGAUUUCGAGUUCAGGAAAAAUAUAAUCACUCCUAGUGUAAUUGGAAAUGUACAAUUAAUAUCAAAUACUGAACCUGGUGAUAAUGAUGAUACAGUAUUAUUAUAUUCAAAUUUGCCAUCAUCACCUUUAAAUGCUCUUCCACCUCAAACCCUUAUUUUUGGUUCUGAAUUCUUCAAGCAUCCUUCUGAAGAUCCCUUGCUAAUGCGAUCACCGGAUUCUAAUUUGAUGUUAUAUGAAACGUCUAGUAAUCUCACUCAAAAUGCUCUAAAUAAUGCUAUUAUUAAUAUUCAUAAUGAGAAUACUUUUGAUGCUGGAACAAAGCUUAGCCAUAUAAAUGAACGAUCGAAAAUAUUAAUUGUAACAAUGGCUAAGUCAUUUGUUGAUAAUUCUUUUAUAACCCCUGGUUCAUUCGCUGACCAAAGUUUUAAUAAAAUAAGCAACUUAUCCGAAAAAGAUGAUGAGGAUGACUGGGAAAAAGUAUCUAUAAAUUCUCAAUAUACCAUUUCAACUGAUAAGACAUUAUCCAAGAUUGAUCAUGAUCCUCUAGCCUGUGACGAUCGGGUAAAUUCCUCUUUUGUAAGUUCUUUAAACGAUGUUAAGUUGAUUACCAGUGAAACUUGUUCCUUGACAACAUUAAAGGGUAAUUUUUAUACCGAAAAACCACCAAUUGAGAAAUUCAUUUUUGGUAAAAUGUCGGAAAUUCGCAAAGAAAUUAUGAAACCGUUAGAGUUAUCGCUACCUAACCUCGAAAUGAUACCACCUAUGCGCCUCAGAGCUGCAGAACGUCAAGAAUCGUUACAAUCGACAUCCUCUGGUGAAAUUGAUACUUUUUCGCGUUCAAUCAGUUCAGUCGCUAUGAGGAAAGCUUUAAACAUGCUAGAAUUAUCUCCUUUGGAUACAUCUUUGAGUCAUUAUUCCUUGAAUUUGGAAACGGAACCUGAAGCCAUCAAUGUUCGCCAACAAACGCAAAAAACACAUCAAGAAAUAACUGAUGAAGGAUCGAAGCCGGUGGGAAAAGAUAAAUGUAAGACUUUUGACAUCAAUACCAUGUGCACCUCUUCCCCUGAUUUUGAAAGUGCUGAAUCUUAUAUGACCAAUAAUUUUUUGACGGCUAAAGAAGACUCUGAAGGAACUAUAAUGUCUCACCCGCUAAAAGAAUCUUCAUCUUAUUUUACAUGCCUUACUAAUUCUGAAAAUUGUGUUUUUUCAACAACAUCAAAUAAAUUAAAAUUAGUUGAAAGCGAUAAAAGUACAAGCCUUUAUUCCAUACCUUCCAUUAAAGAUGAUGAUAACAUUAAACACAUUUAUGCUAGUGUUAAUAAAGUCUCCGACAAAUAUAUUGGCUCAAAAUGGCCAAAAUUUUUGCCACAGAAUGACAAAUUAAAUAUAGUAGAUAGCAUGACUCUAAGCAGCGAUGAUAAAGAUUUAAAAUCCAAAUAUAUUGUAGUUGAUCAAGAACCAUCAUCUGCCAGUUCCUAUCAUGAUAUAGCUGAAGUAUCCUCACUGGAUAUAAUGUCUUCUUGGGAUGAGGAUAUUAGUGACAAUAAUCAAAAUAUUAGUUUAACCAUGUCCUCCGAUGAUGAAUAUGUAAGAAGACCACGGUCUCCACUACCUUCAUCACAAUCAGAAAGAAACUUAAUUACAUGUCUGUCUGGGCUCUCACCUGAUUUUAGCUCGAAUAAUAUUGAAACUGUUAUACGCAAUUUGUUAACUCCAACAAAUUCGUCGCAUAUACACCAUUCUCUGUCAAAUCAAGAAUGUCAUAGAUUUAAAAAAAAUUAUUAUGAAAAUAAAUUUAAUGAACACAGAGAUAUAACUGUAUAUGCUUUUGACGAGUAUCAAUCUUUAAGAACUUUUGAAGCAUUAGAAAAUUACUUUUUAUCUCAGGGAAAAUUUGAAACUGAAAAUAAUGAUAAAUCUUUAGGACGUGAUUUGAAAUUGUUGACCAAUAUUUCGGGAAAAGAUAACCGUGCUAAUCGCACAGGCGUCGAUUAUACCACCACAGAUAUACAAAAUGAACAAUCAAUUCAUGGUGAACAUUAUGUUGAUAGCUCGAUACCAACUGAUAUGUCACUAGAUGAUAUAAUUAAAAUAGUUUCUAAAAACGUUGAAAGUUUUGCUAGUGAUAUUGAUACUCCCAUAAAUGAUUCAACACUGCGUUUAAAUGAAAAUAAUAAAACCGAAAUUGAUAUAUCUGCGGAUGCAUUGAAAAGAUGCCUUAUAAAUGUUUCUUCACCCAAAGCAAACAAAGUAAAAUCUCGAAGUAAAAUCUAUCAAUCAAAGAGGACGCUUCCUGUCCCUAAUAAUGUCAUUAAAGCAGCACCAAAAAAUAUUUUACCCACAUCUUAUAUUCCCUCAAAAAAGAAUCUGGCAAAAAAUCCUAAGGGUCUGGAAAAUGAUAAAUCAAAGUCGAAUGUUACUUCCACAUCUUCUGAAAAUUGUCAAUAUAAUGCUAUACUGACCGAAACUUUGAGAUUUAAAAAACCCAAAACCAAAAAUUUAUCUCCUAAAAGAAAGCUUUAUAACUCAAAUAUCGAGGCAAAACAUAAAUUAAAAACUGCUAAAUUGUCCAUUGAAGAAUGUGUAAACUCGGUUUCAUACCCCAAUGCAAUUUCUAAGACAUCUGCCUCUUCGCGCCAAAUCCAUCCGGUAAAUAAGAAACCUUACAAAGCUUUACCUCUUUCGACCGUAGAUGUAUCGAGUUCAACUCCUUAUUACAGAUCUUCUACGGCAUCCACAACCACCAUUUCUUCUCAAUCCUCUUUUCACACCACGAUGGGUAAUGCCUUUGAAUCACCUUAUCUUAGUAUAUUUGCAAACGAACCUUAUAAACAAAUCAACCGUAUAUACACAGGCCACGAUUUACCCGAUCGCGAUAAACACUUACCCGGUAAUAACAAUGUUAAUGAUAUCGAUAUCAUAACUGGCCAAGUUCGUCGCUUCUCGGGUCACUCUAACAACGUCACUAGUACCAAAUCUCAAACAAUCUUGGAAAGUGACAUCGUUUUUGAUAACGGAGAUAUCUCUGCUUCACCGCUUCUUCUAUCUGAUCAACAUUUUUUAUCCGUUUCCCCUCCGCUCACCGAAAUUUUUAAUCCCGAUAAAAGUUAUAAUAAUUGUGUCUUUAAAUGUCCUCAAGAAAUAGAUGUUUCGCUUGAUAUAAUUGAUCAUUCGCCUACCCCAGAAAAAGCUAUUAGUAAAAUUAUUAAAGAAAUCCAUCCCAUGACUUUUUUAAUCUAUUAG